AUGGGAGGAGAAGACAAAACGGCCGAUAAAGAUGAAUUCAAAAUGGACAUUGAGAGACAUUUAUCAACAAAAACACCAUAUCGAGCCAUAGCUAAUCUCAACGACAAACCCAUUACUGUGGAAGGAUGUCGACCCACACGACUGUGGUCCAUAAUAAGACAUGGUACAAGAAAUCCCAGCAAAAAGGUGAUCAAACAGGCCAAAACCCAAUUGACUCAACUCAAAGAGAAACUUCUGAUGCAGAAAGACACUGAAUUGUGUCCGAAAUUUUUUGAACAUUUGCGAACAUGGUCAUUUAAUGUUUCCACCGAGGAAGAAAAAUAUUUAGUAGCCGAAGGCGAAGAUGAACAUAUUGAAUUGGCAGAACGUAUGCAAAAUCGUUUUCCCAACCUGUUGGCUGUAGAAUAUGAUCCGCAAAUGUUCUAUUUCAAAUAUACUGCAACACAGAGAACAUACAAAAGUGCCCAAAGUUUUGCAACUGGCCUCUUUGGUAGACAUCGUAUUCAUGAGAUUAUUUAUCCGGAACCAUUGUCAAAGGAUCCUGUACUAAGGGUAAGUUAA